AUGAGAAUACUAGUAAUGCUACUAUUAGAUACUUUGCCUAUGCUGGGAAACGUCUUACUUCUUUGUUUUUUUGUUUUUUUUAUUUUUGGUAUUGUCGGAGUUCAAUUAUGGGAAGGAAUACUUCGUCAAAGAUGUUACCUCAAACAGUUACCAAAUAUUAGUUACCCGGAAUCCCUUUCUUUACAUUACGUCGAACAAGAUAAAGACUAUAUUUGCUCCAGACCAGAUGAUAACGGUAUGCACACGUGUGAUAAUUUACCACAUUAUAAAAUAGGUGAAAUGAUAUGCAACGAUACGGCCGUCCCAAAUUCAUUAAACACUCCAACGAAUAAUUCUUGUGUCAAUUGGAAUCAAUAUUAUACGGAAUGUAAAUCCCAAGGGAGUAAUCCUUUUCAAGGAACCAUAAGUUUUGAUAAUAUCGGUUUAGCUUGGGUCGCCAUUUUUCUCGUUAUUAGUCUGGAAGGUUGGACGGAUAUUAUGUAUUACGUACAAGACGCACAUUCAUUUUGGGAUUGGAUAUAUUUUGUUUUAUUAAUUGUUAUUGGAUCGUUUUUCAUGAUUAAUUUGUGCCUCGUUGUAAUAGCAACACAAUUUUCGGAAACUAAAAAAAGAGAAAUGGAACGUAUGAGAUUGGAAAGAGCAAGGUUUCAUUCAACAAGUACUUUAGCUUCUUCUACUAAUAAUUCGGAACCAACCACGUGUUACGCAGAAAUCGUAAAAUACAUUGCUCAUUUGUGGCGUCGUACGAAAAGGAGAAUAUUGAAAAAAUAUAGAGUUUAUCAGUAUAGAAAACAACACGAACACGAAAGGAAAUUAAUAUUAAAUCAAAAUCAAACCGAAUCCGUCGGUAUUUCACCCUCGAGAUUUAGCAUGCAAUUUACCGGUGGACACGAGGGACCAGGUCCGCCUUUACAUCGUAAUAAUCAUUUGUAUCAUCAUCAUCAACAACGUCAUCAUCAUCACUAUCAUCAUCGACAACAUAAUUUUCAAAAUGCUCAUCAUCCAUGUUCUCACGUGCAUCACGCGUGUAGAUACCACAAUAACAAAAAUAGACAGCACAAUGUUCAAGGGCGUACAUCUUGCCUUUCUCCGCUCAUUUCGAGACAAGCUGAUCCCAAUGAUCUUUCGGAUUCGGCUCCACAUGCUAGUCCUGAAGUGUCCGAUAUAGACCUGCAAAACACGCCUCGAAGGUUGGUAGGCGGAAACGUGAAUUCGGGAAGUUUGCUUCGAGUUCCGUCGGUGAAUAACACGUGCAAUGAUUACAUGAUCGAAGGUAGUUGGUCCGGUUCUUCAUUUUUGAGUCCGCCAUCUCUAACGGAACAAAGACGAAAGAGCAGCGUUAUGUUUUGCGACGAAGUAACGACGUUAAAUUCAACGAGCGAAGCUAAAAAUAUAUGUUCGAGUGAAAAAAUGACGCAAACGGAUGAUGGAGAUUUAUGGCAACAUAACAAAAAUAAUUCCAGCGAUAAUCAGAGCGCAACAGAUUUGGCAGUUCCCGAAAUAAGCAACGAAGCAAUGACUUGCCAAGAAUUGCUAGCGUUUAGCGGUGUCAUUUCCGCAGCACUACCAACAGGUCAAAUUGCUCUCGAAUCCUUAUUUACAUCAUUGACAAAAGGAGUUCAAGAAAGAAACGAAACAAACAAUCAAAGAUGGCUCGAAUCCGACGUUUGCAGUUGUUGCGGAGAACCACGUGGAACGGCUUGUCCUUUUGGUUGCCCAUCAUCUGAAUGGUCAAUCAUAAUGGAUUCACAAAAAGAUGGAAUAAUAACGAAAAAUCGUCAUCAUCAUAGAACGAGAUUCAAAACGUAUGCGAGUAAUAUUGGAAAAUGUAUUUUCUAUUGUUUAAAAAGAGUACAGAGAUUUAUAAAAGCAUUAGUUGAGCAUAAAUAUUUUCAACAGGGAAUUCUAUUGGCCAUUUUAUUUAAUACUUUAAGCAUGGGAAUAGAAUAUCAUAAUCAGCCGGAAGAAUUAACGGUUAUUGUGGAAAUAAGUAAUAUUGUUUUUUCUGGAAUAUUCGCAGUUGAAAUGUUACUUAAAAUAAUAGCAGAAGGACCUUUCGGUUACAUCAGUAACGGUUUUAACGUUUUCGAUGGCGUCAUAGUCAUAUUAAGUAUUAUAGAAUUGUGUCAAACUUUCAUUGACGGAGAAGGAAAUGAUAGAGCCGGAAGUUCUGGUCUUAGCGUAUUAAGAACUUUUAGAUUGUUGAGAAUAUUAAAAUUAGUGAGAUUUAUGCCAAAUUUAAGAAGGCAAUUAUUUGUUAUGCUUCGUACAAUGGAUAACGUCGCCGUUUUCUUUUCUCUAUUAAUAUUAUUUAUAUUCAUAUUCAGUAUUCUUGGAAUGAAUCUCUUUGGUUGCAAAUUCUACGACGUUACGGAUGAUGGUCGCAAGCAUUACGAUCGAAAGAAUUUUGAUUCGUUGUUAUGGGCACUUGUCACAGUUUUUCAGAUUUUGACACAAGAAGAUUGGAAUGUCGUGCUUUUCAACGGAAUGGAAAAAACAAGCCAUUGGGCUGCUUUAUAUUUUGUCGCAUUGAUGACGUUUGGAAAUUACGUAUUGUUUAAUUUAUUGGUAGCCAUUUUGGUUGAAGGAUUCAGUUCUGAAAGAAACGAAAGAAGAGAAAGAGAAGCGAGAGAAUUGGAAAAACAAAAAGAAAAAGCGGCGGAAAUAGCAGCAGCAUUAUUCGAAGAAGCUGCCAGAUACAGUCCACCCUCCGAAUCGACAAAUGAAAGUUUUCAUAAUGAUAUAAAAAAUAAAUGGCGAAGCGCCGAAGAUAUUUAUCAUCCAAAAUAUAAAAAAUCAAAAUCGAAAGUUAUUCAAGGUAAAGAUAACGUUUGGAAAACAAAACCGAAUCAUUCUAAAAAAGAAGAAAUGAACACGAAUGAAAAACAAGACAUCAAAUGCAGCAAUGUUUAUAAAGGUAAUACCCAUUUUAUUCCCAAAUAUUGUAAAACGACACCGGAAACACAAGUAGGACCCCCCAAAAUAACACAUACGGCAGCAACGCCACAAGAUUCGCCAAACACGACAGCUGACGUCAUUAUAAAAGAUUCAAAUACAUUGUAUCCAUUGAUUCGACGGAUAGCAGCUCAAAUGCAAUCUUCCCAUGGGAGCACGCCACGUUUGUUAAAACCAACAAACAAUUGCAAUUAUAAAAAAAAUAAUAAUAUUUCAAAUUCUUCUCAACAAAGUUUGGGUAAAUCCGUAACGACGACGUCAAUCAAGGAUACCCUACCUCCACACACACCUCGAAGAGUUUAUUCAUGGCGUUUAUCGAGGCCAUCAUUAAAAAAAAAAUUAAGAAGGAAUUCGGGAAAUUUGGAAAUAAAAAACGACAAUCAAAAUAAAGAAAUUGUUCUUAAUAACAAUCAUUUAAGAAACGGACACGAUACACCUCGUUGCAAUGGUAAUUUAUUAUAUUCGAACACUAUCAGAAAUGAUACCCAAUCCCAUCAUAAGAGUUUCAACAGUCCACAAAAUUCAAUAAGGAGUAAACAAUCAACGAUUGGAAUUCAGGGAUCAAGUAAAAAAGAUAAUUUAGAAGAUGGUUCGCCAUCUAUAAACGGUAUUAAAAUAAACGGUAACGGUUUGUCGCAAAAUGACGUAUACCAAUCGAAAACUAUUAACGUACCACCCACUAAUUUAACAGGAUCGAUUCAAGAUGAAAAUAAUAAAAAUGUAUUAAAAGGUAAAUCAAACGAAGAUUUUACUGCGAUGGAAAAUAUUGAACAAAUCGAACAAAAUUCGGAUAAUACGACGACGCCAUUAACUGACGUCAUACCAAAAGUUUUUUAUUGUUUUGAAAAUACCGGUUGUUUUAAAGAAAGAGAAGAUUAUUCUUUAUACUUAUUUACUCCAGACAAUAAAUUUAGACAAUCUUGUAUUUGGAUAGUAGAAAGAAAAUGGUUUGACAAUGCUGUUUUAUUAUUUAUCGGACUAAAUUGUAUAACUUUAGCCAUGGAAAGACCGAAUAUUCCACCUCACAGCACCGAAAGAUUAUUUCUUUUAUGUGCUAAUUAUAUUUUCACCGUAGUUUUCGCAUUGGAAAUGUUCGUCAAGGUUAUCGCUGCCGGAAUGUGGUAUGGAAAAGAUGCUUAUUUUACAUCCGGUUGGAACAUCAUGGAUGGAACUUUGGUUAUUAUUUCGAUAGUUGAUUUAUUAAUGUCAUUAAUAUCCGAAAGUAGUCCAAGAAUAUUUGGAAUACUCAGGGUUUUUCGACUUUUGCGUUCUUUGCGGCCUUUAAGAGUUAUUAAUCGAGCUCCAGGAUUGAAAUUAGUCGUUCAAACAUUAUUAUCAUCUCUUCGACCCAUAGGAAACAUCGUUUUAAUUUGUUGUACCUUUUUUAUAAUAUUCGGUAUAUUAGGAGUUCAGUUAUUUAAGGGUACGUUUUAUUAUUGCGAAGGACCCAGAUUGGAAAAUGUUAAAAACAAAACUGAUUGUUUGGCCGAUAGUAAAAAUCAAUGGAUCAAUAGAAAAUAUAAUUUUGACGAUCUUGGAAAAGCUUUGAUGUCACUUUUCGUCUUGUCAUCCAGAGACGGUUGGGUUAACAUUAUGUACACUGGAUUAGAUGCUGUAGGAGUUGAUAUACAGCCAAUAAAAAAUUAUUCCGAAUGGAGAUUACUUUAUUUUAUCGCAUUUAUUUUAUUGGUUGGUUUUUUCGUUUUGAACAUGUUUGUGGGUGUAGUCGUUGAAAAUUUUCACAGAUGCAGAGAAGAACAAGAAAAAGAAGAAAGAAUGAUAAGAUUAGCCAAAAGAGCAAAACAAAUGGAAAAGAAAAGAAGAAAAAUGCACGAGCCUCCAUAUUAUACAAAUUAUUCAAAACCAAGACUGGUUAUACAUAAUGUAGUUACAUCAAAAUAUUUUGAUUUAGCAAUUGCUGCCGUUAUUGGAUUAAAUGUCGUUACAAUGGCUAUGGAAUUUUACAUGAUGCCAAGACCUUUGACGUACGCUUUAAAAAUUUUCAAUUAUUUUUUUACUGCUGUUUUUAUAUUAGAAUUAUUUAUGAAAUUGAUCGCACUCGGUAUUAAAUUAUAUUUAAAAGAUAAAUGGAAUCAAUUGGAUGUUGCGAUCGUUUUUCUAUCCAUUGUAGGAAUUGUUUUAGAAGAAUUAGAAUCAAAAAUCAUUCCGAUAAAUCCAACAAUUAUAAGAGUUAUGAGAGUUUUAAGAAUCGCAAGAGUUUUAAAACUUUUAAAAAUGGCGAAAGGAAUAAGAGCUUUAUUGGAUACUGUUAUGCAAGCAUUACCGCAAGUUGGAAAUUUGGGUCUUUUAUUUUUCCUUUUGUUUUUCAUAUUUGCCGCACUCGGUGUAGAAUUAUUUGGACGAUUGGAAUGUAGCGACGAAAUGCCUUGCCAAGGUUUAGGUGAGCAUGCACAUUUUGCCAAUUUUGGUAUGGCUUUCCUAACAUUAUUUCGCGUCGCGACUGGAGAUAACUGGAACGGAAUAAUGAAAGAUACAUUGAGAGAUAAUUGCGAUGAUAAUGCCGAUUGUGUAAAAAAUUGCUGCGUAUCAACAAUAAUAGCUCCUAUAUUUUUUGUGAUAUUUGUUUUAAUGGCACAGUUUGUUUUGGUAAACGUUGUUGUCGCGGUACUCAUGAAACAUCUGGAAGAAUCUCACAAACAGAUGGAAGAUGAACUCGAUAUGGAAGUUGAAUUAGAAAGAGAAUUGCAACAAGAGCAAGAAGAUUUAGAAGAAGAAAUGUGUUUGCAAUUUUUAGAAACGGAAAAUAAUUCAAAGGGAAAAAUAAAACGACCUCUUGGAAAAAUAUUAUCACUUCCGGCCAAUUUUAUAUAUCAUUCCGAUACCCCAAGCAAGGAUUCCAGUUUGCAAACUGAUAAUGGAACUGUUAGACGUGGUUCUGCAAUUUCAUUUCAUUCUCCCUAUCAUUCGCGCCGAAGACAAACAUUUCAUUAUCAGGGCUCUCUUUUACCGACUUCUUUUGCCGUCUCAGGAUUUCCAAGCAUUUACACAACCGAUCAAGAAAAUGUAUCGAAUAAAAAUGCCGUCAAAGACUCCACAAAAUUAGACAAUGCGUUAGACAAUCAAAAACAUUUGCGUAGAAUGUCGAGUAUCGAUUAUAAGAGAAGAAGUUCGUUGAGCGCGAGUAAUAGUAGAAGAGGUAGUUUGUUCAGGCCCAGAGCAGAACUUCAAGCUUUAAUUGGUUUAUCUAAAUCCGCUGGUUUAAUGCCUUGCCCGACAACCAAACAAUUAUUAUCACUAACCGAAUUGGUAAUAGAUGAAAAAGAAAGAGAUAAAAGAAUUUUAAGAAAAGCUUUGAGUAUGGAAAAUCGUACCGGUUCGGAAGACAUAACUUUGGAUUAUUCAAACUCUGGAGUUUUGAUGGUACCGUCACCCUAUUCGAGUGAUAAAAUGUUACUGCGACUGCCAGAAGAUGAUAAAUUUAAAAAAUCAGAAAGGCGACCUUUGUUUCGACAACAAAAAUCAACAGAAGCCAUGGAAAAAAUUGAAGAAAGUUUCGGAGAACAAAAUCCGACGAGUACAAAAAGUGCAUCAUUGCACGAAAAAAGAAAAUCAAUAUCAAAACAAAUAUCUCUCGAUAAUAAACCCUCGCAAAUGGAAAGAUCGAAAGAAAUCAAUGCCGAAGAAAUUGCUUUGGUGGUACAAGAACGAAGAACGCCAUACAUUCGAGAAUUAAGAAGUCAAACACAUGAUUUUUCUUUAGAUGAAACACCUUUCGCCUUUACAAAACAAGAAAACGAACACAGGGCUCAAAUCCGUCGUCAAAUGACCACACCAACUAUAUCGGACGAAUCUCCUAUAAGGAAAAGAAAACACAAUUUGGUAAGACAAGAUCGUCAGGAAAUAAUUAGUUCGGAAUCGUUAACGAAAAACUCAUCGAAAGAUAAUCUACCGAUGUCGGUUUUGGAAAAGCGCGAUUUAUUAAUAAGAAAAUCGGAACAGAGUAGCGAAGAUGUCGAAACGGCGGAAACAUCAUUGUCGGCAAAAGAAACAUCAUCUUCGAUGGAGAAAAAACACGAAGACACGAUUAAAAAAACAAAAGCUCCCCGCAUAAAAAAAGGAAAACUUUUAGAAGCGUCAAUCGAAACGAGUACGAGUUCGAAUUCGACAACCGUUACGAACGUCAGAAGUGAUUCGAUAAUAUCCGAAGAUGUAGAAAAAGAUUUUAAAACGGAUUCGAAAUUAUUAAAAAGUGACGAUUCUAAAUCUGAUUUUGACGUUUUCGAAAAAGAUAAAAUCAUAGAUGAUGAUAAUGAUGACGGUAAUACAAACAAAACCGGAAGUAAAGAACUUUUGUUGGAUGAAUCUCGAAAUUUUCCUUACGAUUUAACACGAAACGAUUCGUUUAAAAAAAAAGAAACCGAACAAAAACAUUGA